AUGUCAGUUAUUAUCCACAUCGUCCUCAAAGAUGGACAAUUGUGGCUUUGUGCCGAUCAAGCAAAACAAAUUUGGCAAUGUUUGGCUGUUAAUGCUGCUUUUCCAAGUGACCGUGAAGAAUGCUUCCGUUGGUUUGGAAAGUUGAUGGGCGAUGAACCAGAUCUUGAUCCGGGAAUAAAUAAAGAAUUCUUUGAAAUGAAUAUCUUACGAUUAGAUCCACAACUUUUGACCGAAAGUGGCAUAAAAUGCUUUGAGCGAUUUUUUAAAGCUGUUAAUUCUAAAGAAGAGAAACUUAAAGCAAAACAUCGCGGUUAUGUGAUUGACGAUGAAGAUUUAAUUGGAAAAGAUUAUUUAUGGCAAGUGAUAACAGUGAGUGGUGAAGAGAUAGCUUAUAAAGCCAUAGAACUUCUUAAAGAAGUUUCAACAGCAUUUGGGCCUCAUUCUUACGACAACAUAAGUGUCAUGGGAAAGGCAAUGAAAGAGUCAACAAAAGAUCAUCAAGAGCUUGAGAAUCGUCAAAUGAUUGAAGCUGAUAAAAUUUGUCGAAUUCUUCGUGUGAUGCAAGAAUAUAUAAAAGAAUGUGAUCGUGUCUUUACUGGUGAACGUCAAAAUCUUAGCUUAAGUCGAGCAUCGUGUGAUAAACACAUUUGCUUAUACAUUCGCUUUCAAACAAAUGGACGUCAAUUGGAAGAUAUUGAAGUUACAACACAUACAAACGAGACUGUCAUUUCAUUUAAGAGAAACUUAUUGAAGAGAUUGAAAGGAUCAUCUAUCAAUAACAUAAAAAUUGAUUUGUUUAAUAACAAUGGUGAAUUAAUUGAGAUAAGUGAUGAUCGUCAUCCAUUAUCAACAUAUAACAUUCGAGAUAAGACGGUAAUAAAUGUAAAGCUAUCACCAAUGGGGACAGCAUUAGCAAGUUCACCUGAUAGUUCGAGUGAUAGUUCAACAGGAUCACCACCAAGACCAUGUCCUGAUAUGCAACGACCAGAAUCAGAAGCGACACUUCCUGGCGUCAUCCUCUCGUCGAAAAAUCAAUAUUUGGAAUUUUUCCUUAAACUUCAUCAACUGGUUCUUUUCAAUUGA